AUGAAACUAUCAGUUGCUGUACUAUCAUCAAUCCUGCUUGUUUGUUCAGUCACUACAGCCAAUCCAGUUGUUCCCAGUACGACUGCAAGUACAGACCAUGUCUCUUCGACAGUUGUUCCCAGUUCAACUACAAGUACCGAGUCUAACCCCUCUACAACUCCCAAUACAGACGAUGUAAACUUGGGUAGUCUUGAUUCACUUUCAGUUGACAUCGAAGAUUUGCUUGAAAACUAUUCAGAAAGAAAGCAUGACCAUGAUAGGCAUACAAAAGAAUGCGAAUUGAUAAAGCUUCAAUUUGAGGAUCAACAAAAACUAGUAAAACAUCUGAGAGAAAGGUUUGACGCUUUGAAACUUGAACUUCAAGGAAACGGUCACAGCGAUUCAGAAUAUAGUGAUGAUGAUGAAAUGGAAAGGGUUGGGCAUGAGCUUGAAGACGGAUAUUCCAAACUUAUCAAACUUGAAAGAAAGGAUAAAAAAUGCAGUUUCAAGAAUAGUUAUUUUACUCGACAAUUGAAACUCGUUCAAAUAGAUCUUGUGAAAUCCGUUUUUGGAACAUCUUUCAAUAUUGAAUUAUUUGAUAAGCAACUUUUGCUUAUCCUCUCACAUUCUUCCGUUAAACAAUACCUUGAGGGACUAUGUAGUGGUGAACAAUCAUCAGCAUGCACAAAGGGUUUUGGUCAAAGUUUUCCUGCUGAACGACGUCAAAAUCCUAAUGAUGACAGUUUUGAAGAGAUUGAUCUUGGCGAUUCUAGUGAUGGAAAACGUCAACGUCAAGCUCCACGACCGCAAACACAAUCUGGAUUUCGCUCCUUUGGACAGAGACUUUCUUCCUUUAAACAUAGAGUUUCCUCUGGUAUACGUAAAGCUUUCUCCAGAUUUGGUGAUAGGUUUAGAUCUCUUGUUGAACGAUUCAGAUGUGGUAAUCGAUCCGAAUGUUAA